UUAUAUUGUACUUUCUUAUGAUAUUAAUGUGAAUGUAAGAUUGCAGUUAUAAUUUGAUUUUAUUACAUAUUCGUUAUCCAAAAGUGACAUGUAUAUCACCGCUCUGUGUUCUAUUUUAAUGGUUAAAUGUUAGCAAACAAAAAUUGGAAAUCGGUUCAAAUGAUCUAUUAAUAUUGCUGAAGUAAUACAAUACAGGUAACUUGAGAUAUUACAUGGCUUAGAACAAAACCAAAAAUUGCAAGUAUGGGUCAGAAACAAUCCAAAACCAAGAAACUAGAUGACGCAGUACUUGAGGAACUAAAAAAAGACUCGUUUUUACCAAAGAAAACGAUCAAUUACAUUUACGCCAAAUUUAUGAAGCGUCAUCCAGACGGGAAAAUAACAGAAACUGAUUUCCAAAGGACGUUCACUAAAUGUGUAAGAUCUGGAAACCCGGAAAUAUUCCGCACAUGUGCAUUUUGUUCUGAUAAAGAAAUCGGCUUCAGAGAGUUUUUGCUGGCGGUCAAAAUGUCAUCAUUGGGAUGCGCAAAGGAAAAUACAUCGGCUAUUAAGCAAACCUUUAUUGAGGUUAUUGGGUGUCUUCCGGAUAAUUAUUAUGAACCGUUUUUUAGCGGAGUACAGCAACUCGUUGAAAGAAAGAAAAUUGCAAAGCGUUGGGUUACAGAUUUGAAAAAGGUUAGAGAAAAAAGCGUAGAACGUAUAGAUCUGCAAACAAAUUUACUUUCAUUCCUGAAACAGGAGGUUUUUGACAUUAUACGUAGAUUUUUUGUAGGUGAUGAUACAUCGGAUGAGACGUGCUUGAGCACCAUAUUAAAAGGAGUCGGGGAAGCUCUAGAUUAUGUCGGUUAUGCUGGACGUAUAUUGGGAGCUUUCCUUGCACUGAAAUUCAAAAUAGGAUUGGAGAUACCAGCCAUUUUCUGUGCAGUGGCUGUCACAAUAUCUGCACUUAUACUUAUCCGAUUGAUAAAGAAGUGGGUGUCUCUGCUGAUGAAUAAAGAAAUCGAAAAUGCAUAUGCUUUGUUCGGCACAGAUGCGAGCGCUUCUGAUGAUAAAAUUGAAUCUUGCUAUCGAAAACGCGCACGCAAAUAUCAUCCUGACAAAGGCGGAGACAUCGUCAAAUGGAUUCAGCUUCAGCACGCAAUAGCACUGAUCAGAGAUGCAAGAAGUAAGGCUUAGUAAUGUGCUGGAUUCGUAUGCAUACUUUCAAAAUGUCCUUGUUUAAAUACUGUCGUUUAGGGGAUAUGUUUAAGCGGCAUUAUUCGGAAAUAAAGAUUGUUUUUAAUUGUGUUAUGAUAAAUCAGUCUACAAUACAUAAUAGUCAAUUGCAAAGAUGAACACAUGUAUUCUAUAAAUGAAUCAUUGUAUGGAAUCACACAAUCCCGUAAUAGUUAUUCUCUUCUCUCAGAUUACGGAUGUGUGUAUAGAAAAUACCAUUUUCUGACAGCAAUAUUGCUCAAAAUGUACAAUGAUAUGUGUGGUACUUCGAUAACCCUGUGAACAAUGGUCAUAACACCUGACCUUCCAUGACUUGAGUACUGCGUGUGAUACCGUUGGUGGUCUAACGCUAAUAUAAAAAUAUGACUUUGACACUCGUAACACUUCUUUGAAAUUAAUACAAGAUAAAAAAAAUACAAGUUUUAUCCCAACAAUCCACAUCUUAUGUAAACAUUGGAUGUUAGAUCUUGCCACGGGUUCAUGCGCUUGGCCGGUGAUGUUGUAGUGUUGAUAUUGGAUCUCAACAUAGUGGUGCAUAAAUCUCGAGCCGAUCUUUAUUUGCUUUCACAAUUUCACAAAUGGAUAUUCUAACGAUGAAAUAACUGUCUUCUAACAGCUUGACCGUUACCUGUGUGAAAUCAUACAAUGGAUUUCCAAAAUGAAAAUGAACCGCUAAAACAAUGCAGAAUCCAAUUAUAAAUGUAAGCGAAAAGAGGAAGUAGCAUGGAAAAACGCAAGUGGAAGCAUUGCUGUAUGCGAUUUUUAAUGAAUUAUAUGCACUUUGACAGAUACUGGCGUGAGAUAAUGACUUAUACAUCCACCAUUGGCCACAUGUGUUAGAAACGGCUGUGAUGUUGUCUGUACGUCGACAUCUAUCGCACAAGUUAAUUUUUGAAAGAUGUCACACACUGGCAAUACUAGAUAUGGUUUGGGCAAAGUUUUCCCAGUUAUUUAUGGAACUGUUCUGAUAUAUCUGAACAAAUCGUGUGUACCAAAUCGGCAAUGAUGAGGGAUGUGAUCAGACGCACUUAACGAUCCAUUGACGGCAAAAAGAAUAAGCAGAACUAUAUAUUUUGUCGUUGCUGGUCCUAAACAGUUUAACAAUUUACAUAGCUAUAUGAUAACGUUCAGUCUGAGACAAGCUUUAUAUCCAAAGAAAACUCAUUUUAUGGGAGUUUCUUGAGAAAUGUGUUCCUGUUCCCUGAUUGAAAACAAUUUGUAUUAAUGUUAUGCGAUAUCAAACAAUGUUCUACAUUAGUAAUGUCUAAAUCUGAAGUCUGAAAUAUAAUAUAAACUGAAAGCAUUCGUCGAAAAUACACACAUAAAUAUGUAAAGUCAUAAGCACUUAUCAACAUUUCUUAAUUAUAUCACAAUGUGUGUGUUAUAUAAGUGAUAGCACUAUAAAUUGUUGUUGCAUUGAUAUGUGUGUAAUACAUUAUGGUAUGAUUUGUUUUAAAAUUUAUGAAAUCAAA